AGAUUCGAUCACGUGACAGUCCGGAGGCUGGAACCCGGCAGGUUGCGUAAAGCGCAGGGUAUUGACAAAAACAAACGGCGACGGCUCUGCAGCAGGGUCUAUGGCCGAGGCGGUGAGACCCCAGCGCCGGGCCAAGGCCAAGGCCAGCCGGACUAAAAGCAAGGAAAAGAAAAAAUAUGAAACCUUGCAGAGGGAAGAGCCUGAUGAAAUUUUUCUUCCAAAAUCCUCCAGAGAGCAGGAAAGCUUUUCUCCAUCCUGUGAAUUCAAAGGCGACCAUCUGAAGGUGUUAACUGAGUCCCAGCUCCAAAAUGAGGCCAGUGGACAAAAUGAAAGUGAAAUGUUUGAUGUACCCCUCACCUCCUUAAAUAUAAGCAAUGAGGGGUCCCUGAGUAACCCAGAGCCCCUGAAGGAAGGGGGAGAUCUUGGAACCUGUGUGGGGGACUGUACAGUCAAGCCAAAGGUUGACCCUGAAGACAAUGUUGGAACUACAGUAGAAACCCCCAAGAACUUUACAGAGGUAGAGGAAAAUAAAUUGGUGCAAUGUGGACUUUCGGAAAGCACAUUUCGAUCUAGUUUUUCAUAUACUCAGCAGGAAAUGGAAAACUUAGAAGUUAGAGAAAUUCAGAAUAGGAAAGAAGACAGACAAGCCCUAGGUUGUUCUUCAGAGGUGCUACAAAAUGUUGGCUUGCAGAGCUCUUGUGAAGCCAAACAUAUUUUAAAGCCACCUGGAGUGAAGAAACUGUAUCCCCAGCUGCCAGCGGACAUGGCUGGAGAAGUACCAGCUUUGGUGGCCGUGAAACCCUUGCUUCGUAGUGAGCGACUCUACCCAGAACUCCCAUCUCAACCAGAACUGGUACCUUUUACUAAAGAACAGCUGAAAAUCUUGGAGCCUGGUUCAUGGCUGGAAAACAUUGAGUCAUAUUUGGAAGAAUUUGACAGCAUGGCUCAUCAGGACAGGCAUGAAUUUUAUGAGUUGCUUUUGAACUACUCACGAUGUAGGAAGCAACUGCUGCUGGCCGAAGCUGAGCUGCUCACUUUGACAUCUGAUUGCCAAAAUGCUAAAAGUCGGCUGUGGCACUUUAAGGAGGAACAAAUGUCUGUACAGGGUAUCUGUGCAGAUCAAGUGAAAGUUUCCGGCUAUCAUCGCUACCAACGAGUGGAGAUGAAUGAAAAUGCACUGGGGGAGCUAAAGAAGCUAUUUGAUGCCAAAUCUGAGCACCUCCACCAGACCCUGGCCCUGCAUUCUUACACUGCUGUGCUCUCGAGAUUGCAAGUGGAGUCUUAUAUCUACGCGUUGCUCAAUAGUUCGGCUGUUCUGAGAUCUUUAGCAAUUCAUCAGCAAGGCCAAGCUUCUAAACAGACAGAAAGCAUUCCCUCUGAUCUGUGUCAUCUGAAGGAAUGCAUCAGUGUCUUAUUCAUGUUCACCAGGAGAGUCAGUGAAGAUACUCAGUUCCAUGAUGAUAUUCUUCUCUGGCUGCAGAAAUUGGUAUCAGUACUACAAAGAGUUGGCUGUCCUGGAGAUCACCUCUUCCUUUUAAACCAUAUUCUUCGAUGCCCAGCUGGUGUUAGUAAAUGGGCUGUUCCCUUCAUCCAGAUCAAGGUGUUGAAUAACCCAUCAGGGGUCUUUCAUUUUAUGCAGUCCCUUGCCCUGCUGAUGUCUCCCGUCAAAAAUCGAGCCGAGUUUAUGUGCCACAUGAAGCCCAGUGAGCGGAAGCCAUCUUCCUCGGGGCCUGGGUCUGGGACCUGGACGCUAGUAGAUGAGGGAGGAGAAGAGGAUGAAGACCCUGAGACCAGUUGGAUUCUCCUUAAUGAGGAUGACUUGGUUAUCCUUUUAUCACAGUUCCCAUUUCAUGAGCUCUUUCAACAUCUUCUUGGGUUUAAAGCAAAGGGUGAUUAUUUACCUGAAACAACAAGACCUCAAGAGAUGAUGAAAAUUUUUGCCUUUGCCAACUCAUUGGUGGAACUGCUGGCUGUGGGGUUAGAAACCUUUAACAGAGCACGCUACAGGCAGUUUGUGAAGCGAAUUGGUUAUAUGAUCAGGAUGACCCUUGGCUAUGUGAGUGACCACUGGGCACAGUAUGUGAGUCAUAACCGAGGCUCAGGUUUGGCCCUGCAGCCCUACUCCAUGGAGAAACUACAGAUUGAAUUUGAUGAGCUGUUUUUGAGGGCUGUCCUACAUGUGCUGAAAGCCAAAAGACUUGGCAUUUGGCUGUUUAUGUCCGAAAUGCCCUUCGGGACGCUGUCGGUCCAAAUGCUCUGGAAGCUUUUCUACCUCAUGCACCAGGUGGAGAGCGGGAACCUGCAGCAGCUUUGCUCCAUUCUCCAGCCUGCCCAGUGCAAGCAGCAGCUCCAAGACCCAGAACAUUUUGCGAACUUUGAGAAGUGUCUUUCUUCCAUGAAUAGCUCUGAAGAGAUUUGCCUUCUGACUACCUUUGCUCAGAUGGCUCAGGCCAGAAGAACCGACAUGGAUGAGGACUUCAUCAAAAUUAUUGUUUUGGAGAUAUACGAGGUAUCUUAUGUUACCUUGUCCACCAGAGAGACUUUUUCAAAGGUCGGUCGAGAGCUUUUAGGGGCUAUCACGGCUGUUCACCCUGAGACAAUUUCUGUCCUUUUGGACAGAGUUCAAGAGACCAUUGACCAAGUUGGAAUGGUUUCUCUAUACUUGUUUAAAGAACUGCCUUUGUAUCUCUGGCGACCUUCUGCCUCAGAGAUAGCUGUGAUUCGGGAUUGGUUAUUGAAUUACAACCUGACAGUGGUGAAGAAUAAACUGGCCUGUGUUAUUCUAGAAGGACUGAAUUGGGGAUUUGCUGAACAGGGUACCCUGCAUCUGGAUCAAGCAGUCCAUGCUGAAGUGGCUUUAAUGGUUCUUGAAGGUUAUCAGAAGUACCUUGCACAGAAGCCGUAUGCUGGGCUUCUUUCUGAAAGUAUGAAGCAGGUUUCAUAUUUGGCCAGCAUUGUUCGAUAUGGAGAGACACCUGAGACCUCAUUUAACCAAUGGGCCUGGAAUUUGAUCUUGAGGUUAAAACUGCACAAAAACGAUUAUGGAGUACAGCAGAGUUGUCCAACUGUUCCCUUCUCCAGCACUGUGCCUGACAUGACAGAGUCACCCACGUUUCAUCCUCUCUUGAAGGCUGUGAAAGCGGGCAUGCCCAUUGGCUGUUAUCUAGCCUUAUCUAUGACAGCUGUGGGCCACAGCAUCGAGAAGUUCUGUGCAGAAGGCAUCUCACUGUUGGGAAUUCUGGUCCAGUCGAGGCACUUGAGAACAGUGGUGCAUGUCCUGGAUAAGAUCCUACCUUUGUUCUACCCUUGCCAGUAUUAUCUUCUAAAGAAUGAGCAGUUUUUGUCUCACCUCCUCUUGUUCCUACACUUGGACAGUGGCGUGCCUCAGGGUGUCACGCAGCAGGUUACCCACAAGGUGGCACAGCACCUGACAGGAGCCAGCCACGGGGACAAUGUGAAGCUUCUCAACAGCAUGAUCCAGGCACACAUAUCUGUAAGCACUCAGCCCAACGAAGUGGGUCCCGUUGCUGUGUUGGAAUUCUGGGUUCAGGCUCUCAUAAGCCAACGGCUUUGGUACCGGGAGCAGCCUGUCCUCUUCCUCAUGGACCACUUGUGUAAAACAGCUUUUCAGCUGAUGCAGGAAGACUGUGUGCAGAAACUGCUCUACCAGCAGCAUAAGAACGCGUUGGGUUACCACUGUGACCGGAGUCUGCUCUCUUCUUUGGUGAGCUGGAUCAUGGCGGGCAACAUCACUCCUUCCUUCGUGGAGGGCCUGGCCACGCCCACUCAGGUCUGGUUUGCAUGGACAGUACUGAACAUGGAAUCUAUCUUUGAAGAAGACUCCCAGCUCCGAAGAGUUGUUGAAGGGGAAUUGGUUAUAAACUCUGCUUUCAGCCCUGACCAAGCUCUGAAGAAAGCCCAGGCCCAGCUGAAGCUCCCCAUCGUGCCAUCCCUCCAGAGGCUGCUGAUUUAUCGCUGGGCCCACCAGGCUCUGGUCACGCCUUCUGAUCACCCUCUCCUGCCGCUCAUUUGGCAGAAGUUCUUCCUUCUGUAUCUUCACCGUCCAGGACCGCAAUAUGGGCUACCCAUAGAUGGUUGUAUUGGAAGAAGAUUUUUUCAGAGUCCUGCUCAUAUCAAUUUGUUGAAAGAUAUGAAGAGGCGUCUGAGCGAGGUGGCUGACUUCCACCACGCUGCGAGCAAAGCCCUCCGAGUUCCAGCAGAGGGCAGCGAAGGGCUGCCAGGGAGCCAGGCUGGCACCCCUGGGUACCUGACAUCGCCAGAACUGCACACGGAGCUGGUGAGGCUCUUCAAUGUAUACAUAUUAUGGCUAGAAGAUGAGAACUUUCAAAAAGGAGAUACCUAUAUCCCUUCUCUACCAAAGCACUAUGAUAUUCACAGGCUUGCAAAAGUGAUGCAGAAUCAGCAGGAUCUGUGGGUAGAGUAUUUGAACAUGGAGCGCAUAUAUCAUGAGUUUCAGGAAACGAUCGGUCUGUGGACGCAGGCCAAGCUCGAGUCCCAUUCCACACCCUGCAGUUUGUCGGUGCAGCUGGACUUCACUGAUCCUUUGUUGGCUAAAGAAAGGGUUUUGAGUAACUUGCAGAAGCAUGAGGCUCCCCAGCCUCCCCUCGUUCUGCACCCGAUGAGGCCCCCUGUGCCAGUUAUUUCCUCAGCCGCACUACUGAGUCAGAAGGACGCCACCCAGCUGGUGUGCACAGACCUGAAUCUGUUGCAGCAGCAGGCCAGAACUGCAGCUCUUCGGGAAUCUCAACAGGUUGCCCUGGAUGGUGAGCUGUUAGACACGAUGCCCAAACAGUAUGUUAAUCGAGAAGAGCAGACCACACUGCAUUUGGAGUGUAGAGGCAGUAGCGGUAAGAAAUGCCAAGGAGCCGCAGUUGUAACAGUUCAGUUUGAAGGCAUGAAUAAGAAUGAAGCAAUAAGCCAACAGCUUCAUGGUUUGCGAAAAGAAGUGAAGCAGUUGCAAGCAGAAGCUGCUAAACCGCCGUCACUUAACGUUGUGGAAGCUGCGGUGCAUGCAGAAAACUUGAUUACGGCCUUAGUGAAUGCCUACAAGUUGCAGCCUACACCUGGGGUUCAGAAAGUUGGCAUUAGCCUUUUCUUCACUGUUGUGGAUUAUGUCAGCGAUGAAACGCAGCGUCAUCCCCCCACAAGGCAGUUCUUUACUUCAUGCAUUGAGAUCUUGGGACAGGUGUUUAUCAGUGACACUAAAUCAGAGUGCAAAAAAGUACUCCAGACCAUUCUGAAGAAUAGAAGGCUCUGCUCUCUUUUGUCUCCUUUCUUCACUCCCAAUGCUGCUCCUGCAGAGUUCAUACAGCUGUAUGAGAAAGUGGUGAAGUUUCUAAGUGAGGACAACAGCGAUAUGAUUUUCAUGCUGCUAACCAAGUUCGAUCUUAAGCAAUGGUUAAACGCCACUAAACCUCCUCUGUCUGAUCGUACCAGGCUGCUGGAGUCCAUUCAUUUGGCACUUACUGCCUGGGGCCUUGAACCAGAUGAGGAUAUUUUGAUGCCAUUUAAUCUUUUCUGUAAGCACUGGACUUUCCUUCUUCUCUACCAGUUCCCUGACCAGUACAGUGACAUUCUCAGGCUGCUGAUGCAAAGCUCUGCGGAGCAGCUGCUGAGCCCGGAGUGUUGGAAGGCUACUCUGAGAGCCCUGGGCUGCUGCGCCCCGAGCUGCCAGCAGGGGGCAGCUCCUGCCGAGAGCACCGUGCUUGUGAGCUCUUCAGAUGCUCUCUUGUCAGACAAGCAGGUAAUGGAGACUAUACAGUGGCUUUCAGACUUUUUCUAUAAGCUUCGGUUAUCCAAGUUGGACUUUAAAAGCUUUGGUUUAUUCUCAAAAUGGAGUCCUUACGUGGCUGAUGUGAACACACUCUUGGGCUAUCUUGUGAAAAGGCUGAUUGACUCAGAAAUGGCCUACUUGGCCCAAGACCCAUCUGCCAGCAGCAAAACAGUGCUUAGAUCUCUCCAUUCAGUAAUCAUUCAGCUCUUUAAGCCAUGGAUCCUGGUUUUAGAGGACAAUGAAAGCAGCCAACAACGAUAUUACCCUUGGCUGGAGAGUGAUGCUGUGGUGGCCUCAAGCAUUGUGCAGUUGUUCACCGACUGUAUUGACUUACUGCAUGAGAGUUUUAAAGAUAGGCUAUUGCCAGGCGAUGGAGCCCUUCGGUUACACCUGAUGCAUUAUUGUGAGGCAUGUACAGCACCCAAGAUGCCGGAGUUCAUCCUGUACGCUUUUCAUAGCGCGUACCGGACACUCCACUGGAAGGACCUGCACCCUGACCAGAUGCUCAUGGAGGCCUUCUUCAAAGUGGAACGAGGAAGCCCCAAGAGCUGCUUCUUAUUUUUGGGGUCUGUACUCUGUGAAGUCAAUUGGGUCAGUGUCCUCUCCGAUGCCUGGAAUCCCAGUCCUCACCCAGAAACCCAGAGCAUGAUUGUCUGCCUCCUUUUUAUGAUGAUUUUAUUGGCAAAGGAAGUUCAGCUAGUAGAACAAACAGAUUCACCUUUGCUUAGUCUCCUUGGACAGACAAGCUCACUUUCGUGGCACCUGGUGGAUAUUGUGUCGUACCAGAGUGUGCUGGGUUAUUUCAGCAGUCAUUACCCACCAUCCAUCAUCUUGGCGAAGGAAUCUUCUGCUGAGUUAAUCGUGAAACUCUUGAAAGUAUCUGCAGGCCUUUCCAUUCCUACUGACAGCCAGAAACAUCUUGAUGCAGUUCCAAAAUGCCGAGCUUUCACUCAUCAGAUGGUUCAAUUUCUCAGCAACCUGGAACAAAAUGGAAAAAUCACCUUAGCGGUCCUAGAACAGGAAAUGUCUAAGCUCUUAGAUGAUAUCAUUGUCUUUAACCCGCCAGACAUGGACAGCCAGGCCCGCCACAUGGCCCUCAGCAGCCUCUUCACCGAAGUCCUAAUGAUGAUGAACAAUGCAGCUGUUCCCACGGCAGAGUUCCUCCGGGGCAGCAUCCGGACCUGGAUUGGCCAAAAAGUGCAUGGGCUAGUAGUGCUACCCCUUUUAACCGCCGCCUGCCAGAGCCUGGCUUCCGUCCGCCACAUGGCGGAGACUGCAGAAGCCUGCAUCACUGCCUACUUCAAAGAAAGCUCCCUCAAUCAAAAUUUAGGAUGGGGCCCCAUCCUGGUGUCCCUUCAAGUUCCUGAGCUCACCAUAGAAGAAUUCCUGCAGGAGUGCCUAGCUCUCGGCAGUUACUUGACGCUUUACGUCUACCUGCUUCAGUGUUUGAAUAGCGAACAAACUCUAAGGAACGAAAUGAAAGUGCUCCUUAUCUUAAGCAAGUGGUUGGAACAGGUGUAUCCAGGCUCCGUGCAGGAAGAGGCAAAGCUGUUUUUGUGGUGGCACCAAGUCCUGCAGCUGUCCCUGAUCCAGACGGAGCAGAAUGACUCCGUCCUGACAGAAUCUGUCAUUCGAAUCCUGCUCAUGCUUCAGGGCAGGCAGAGCCUUGUGGCAGAGGAGAGGCUCAGCUCUGGGAUCCUGGGGGCAAUCGGGCUGGGCCGGAAGUCGCCCUUGUCUAACAGGUUCCGCGUGGUUGCCCGAGGCAUGGCCGCCUUCCUUUCAGUUCAGGUUCCUGCAGAAGAUCAGAUCCGUUUGAGGCCUGGCACUGAGUUACAUCUGACCCCGAAAGCUCAGCAGGCUCUGAAUGCUCUUGAGUCCAUGACAUCGAGUAAGCAGUAUGUUGAGUACCAGGAUCAGAUAUCACAAGCCGCCCAGUUUAUAAAGCAUCCUGGCCAUUGCCUCCAAGAUGGGAAAAUCUUCCUGGCUCUUCUCGUUAACUGUUUGUAUCCAGAAGUGCAUUAUUUGGACAACAUACGAUAGCGGUACUGAGGCUCUUGAAAACCCCCUUGCUGUUUAUGUUUACAUUUAACUUUGCUGUUGCACAAGUAACUUUGCUCAGUGUCACUGCAGAGCUCAGUUUGGCCAACGAGUAGUUGACUGAAUGUGAGUGUGGAGGCGUUAGAUAAUUCUGUGUGGUGUGUGUAUGUUUUCUUACCUCUUAAAACUUUGUGGGGACUUUGUAGUUUUUAUGUUCAUCCACAAGAGAAACUUACGGAGUUCCACUUGGGUACAGAGCCACUCACAGUUGCCAAAUGUCCCAGUCAUCUCACAAGAGCUCCGGAUGGAGUUCUCUGUCUGUCUCCCCCGCUGUCUCACCUUUUUAUUUAAAUGUUAAGACUCCUGACCAGAUCUGACGACUUUGGGAGUCAUGUAGAACCCUCACUUUGGAGCCCUGUUUGUGUUCUUCCAAAGUAAAAAAGUCAACUUUGAAGAUUUCUGCAUUUCUCAAAUAUAGGGAAAUACAGUAGCUUUAAUGUAUUAUUUCUCUUAGAAGGGAGAUAAAGUGAGUGAUGUGUAAAACGUGUCCCUUGAUCCUGAUCAUAGUGGAUAGCAGAGAUGGCGACAGGUCCAUUUCCAUCCAGUCACAUGUCCUCAUGGAGAAGGAGCCACCUAUCUGAAUUGGGCAUGCCAGCUGGGUGGGCUGGGAGCAGCGUGCUGUGCACGGGGGGUUCUGUUUGGUCCACGCGGUGGGGCGCACAGGCAGGGCCGACCCCCUCCAGUCACAGAGUCCCUGCAUGCCCUCGGAUGCUGCCCCCAGCCUCAUUCACAGCACCUUCUCAGCCCCUUGGACGUGACUCUGUUCCCUGCUUGUGUUUUCACUCCAUAUUUAAACUCAAAUGAAGCUCAUGGACCUGCCGAGACGCUUGUUCAUGGACACAGGGUCAGGUCAGAACUACUGAAGUUUGGCUUUUUUUCAGUAGCCACGUGCCUUUUGUUGUUAACAGUUCGUUCAUUACCAAAGCCUGUGUGUAACGUUGCCUUGUUCUGUUGCCAUCUUGUUGCUCAUUCAGUUUCCCCCAGGAAUAGCAAUGUGACUUCUGUCAUCAUAUUCAUAAUUCUGUCAGCUCAAAAUGGAUUUGGUUUGUACAGCUUGCAUAUGUGUCUUUGUUUACACCUUGCCUAUAGCCCAAGAAUAUUUACCUAAAAAUGUUUAAACAGCCAUCGAGAGCUUUUGGUAGGGGAAUACGGAUAUAGUUAACAGUGGUAAUCUCUUCUCAAAUUUCCUUUUGGAAUGCUUUCCCCAAUCUUUGGAAGUCUGUAGGCACCCUUCUUUAUUCUGAACUUGUUUUUUGUUUUUCUUUUCUUUUUUUUUGAGACAGAGUCUCACUCUGUUGCCCAGGCUAGAGUACUGUGGCGUCAGCCUAGCCCACAGCAACCUCAAACUCCUGGGCUCAAGCGACCCUCCUGCCUCUAUUCCAAACUUCUUUAGUUGGACAGAACAAUUCUGCCUCACAGACAUGCUUUGGAGCUCUGACAAAGAACAUCCCUGUUCAGUGUCUUGAGUUUUAGAGACCACGAAGUGUCCAUCUCAGAGGGACAUUUCUCAGCUUCCCUUGUUUUUGCGUCCCUCCAUUUUCCAAAUCAGUUAUCUUGUUCUGUGUAUAAGAAAAGUUUAGAAGCUGUGGACAGCUUAAUUGGCUGAUUUGGCAACAAUGAUUUUAUGACAGGAAAUAUUUUAUGUGCUGUUUUCCUUGAGGAGGUUGUAAUUAUUGAUAUCCUAGAAUGUGAAAUUUUUGACAGUAUGUACAUUUUAAAGAAUUAUGAUUCACUGUUAAUUUUUGAAAGUUUGUAAUAUAAUGUAUUCGGUCUGUAAAAAAUUAUAAAAAAUAAAAUCAAUCUUUGGUUGUAACCGACAAGAAUCCAAAUUAUAGAGAUAUCGCACUAUCUGGUAAGGUAUUUCACUUGUUAAAGGUGAUAUCGAUUUUCAUGCCUCAUGUCAUCUAAUUUGUUGACAUUGUAACUUGAUUAUCAGAGGUGGUCAGUAAAAGUGCUUCUUCUUUAACUCCAUCAUGCUUAAUGUCAGGAGUUGACUUGACUCAGUGGUUCCUGAGAGAAACUCAGGGCUCAGGGAGUGCUGUAAAGACACCCAGGCAAUUCAGAACGUGGCCGCUGUUGUGGCCUGCUGGGGAAAGGGCAGCAGCUAGACCAGCCUGCCCAUCGGCCUGCAGGGGUAACGAGCCUCUGCUUGAAAAAACUGUUGGCCUCCAGAGAGCGCAGGGUCACAGUUUCAGAUAUAGCGGUGGGUGCUGCACAUCGGUAUUGGGAUCGAGCAGGACCAAGGCCAGCCUUGCGGACCAGGUUGUGUAGAGAGUGAACUGCUGUGCGCUGCACCCUUCCCCACACGGCGGCCAGCCCUGGCAGUGGGCUCAGAUGAGGAUGCCUGACAGCCUCCUGGGAGCAGGAGGACGCAGCGUUCUGGUGGCCAGGAAAAGCAUCUCUCAGCGAAUCUGUCCAUCAGUCCCCACCCUGCGAUGCACAGGUGGGUCAGAGAGGCAUUACAUCUCCACAUUGUGUUGCUGCAUCGCCUAACCAGGGCAGUGAGGGCACAACGCUGGAAGGCACGGGAUGUGUUUGCACAGCGUGACGAUGGCAGUGGAGCCGGGACCCACCCACACAUGUUUCCGAAGCUCCUGCACACACAGGAUCUCAACUCGGAGGCACGACUUGUUUCUUAAUUUCACCAUCAGUGUGCUGGCUCGGUCAUUGAAUGCUUCUGCCCUGCUGGGGUUGUGCCCGAGUCUCCCAGUUCUUUGAAGUUGGAGGAAGCCUAGUCCAGAAAAUGAAAACCCACAGACCAGCCUAACCACCCUUCAAACCAAGUGACAGCCUCCUUGUUCUUCCCAGUCAAUCACCAAAAUCAUUGUAUCCGUGUCGUACAAGUUCUGCAUGAACCUGUCCUCCUUCCUUUUGAAUGAAGGUGAUGUACAGGUUUUCGUUUGGUUUUUAUUUUUUUAAGAAGUGAAGUCUCACUUGGUCACCCAGGCUGGA